AUGGGUGGGCAAUGCAGACACGAUAUUUGGGGAUUCCCGGGUUGUUUGUCCCGCAGGGAGAUGACCACACCAGCGGGCUCGGGCACUGGCUUCGGCUCUGUGUCCUGGUGGGGCCUGUCCCCGGCGGUUGACCUGCAGGCUGAGAGUCCUCCUGUGGACCCAGACUCACAGGCCGAUACAGAGCACGGGACCCCCGAGCUAAAUGUGCUGCUGUUGGGCUCCGUGGAUGGGCGACACCUGCUACGGACCCUGACCCGGGCGGCUCUCUGGCCUCGAAGGAGGUUCCGUUUUUAUGUGCUGGAGAAUAAUAUGGAAGCUGUAGCCCGACACAUGCUGAUUUUCAGCCUAGCCCUGGAGGAUCCUGAGAAGAUGGGGUUGCAAGAGAGGAGCGAGACCUUCCUGGAGGUGUGGGGGAACGCGCUGCUGCGCCCCUCUGUGGCCGCCUUCGUGCGCACCCAGGCCGGCCGCCUGGCUCGCCUCGUCCCGGAGCCCGAUCGCCUGGCGGAGCAGCUGCCCUGGCUCAGCCUGGGCGCCCUCAAGUUCCGCGAGCGCGACGCCCUGGAGGCCGUGUUUCGUUUCUGGGCCGGAGGGGAGAAGGGGCCCGAGGCUUUCCCCAUGAGCCGCCUGUGGGACUCGAGGCUGCGCCACUACCUGGGCUCCCGGUACGACGCCCGGCGCGGUGUCAGCGACUGGGACCUGCACAUGAAGCUGCACGAUCGCGGGGCCCGAGUCAUCCACACCAGUGAGUUCCGGCGCUGGAGGGAGACAGGAGUCGCCUUUGAACUCAGAGACUCCAGCGCUUAUCACGUGCCCAACCGGACCCUGGCGUCCGGUCGCCUCCUGAGCCACCGCGGGGAGCGUGUAGCAGCGCGCGGGUACUGGGGGGACAUCGUCACAGGGCCCUUCGUGGCCUUCGGCAUCGAAGCGGACGACGAGACCCUCCUGAAGACCAGCAACGACCGCGGGCGAGAUCACGCAGCACAACGUGACGGAGCUGUUCCGAGAGAUGGCCGCCUGGGGGCGCCCGAGAGCCACCCAGGGAGACCCCGCGCAGGUGCAAGGCGACGCGGAUGGAAGCCCGGAGCCUGUUGCCUGGUCUGUAAAAUGGGUCUCUGUGUGCCAGGCCAAUCCUCCCAGAAUUUUCCAGGAAUCUGCCUAAGAGGAAGGAUGAGAAAGGGCUUGAAGACGGACAAGGCGAGUCAUCUCCAAGUUUUGUCUGUUUGCCUAACCCUGCCAGUCUUCCCUUCCCCAGCAGCCCCUGUCCCGGAAUCCUUCACUGUCCACUUCCUGUCCCUCGGUUCUGCCCAGACCCUCCACCACAAGAGCUGCUACAAGGGACGGUUCCAGCUUCUCUACGUGGCUUGUGGGAUGGUCCAUCUUCUCAGCCCUGAGCUCGGUGCCUGCGUGGCCCCCGGAGGACGCCUCAUUGUAGAAUUAGCCCAGUUCCUAGUGGACCUGCGGCAGGAGCAGCUGCAGGGGUUCUCCACCCGGGUCGGGGAGCUAGCACAGGCGGCUGGAUUCGCCCCACAGCCGGGGGCCAGGAGCUCGCAGACCUUCGCGCGCUUCUACAAGGCCGGAGACUCUGCUCCCAGCCACAAGGACCCAGCUGUGGGAUCUGGGACUCCGCCCCCUGAAGUCCUGGUCCCGCCCCUUGAGGCAACCAACCCUCCCCCCGAGGACCUGACCCAGCCCCUUGAAGGCGGGAUCCCACCCUCUGAACCCCUCAAACAGCCUUCAGAGUCUCAGGCUUCACUGUUGGAGGCUUUGGUUCCACCCACAGGGAGUCAGACCCCCAAACCAGAGAGUCUGACUCUACCUCCGGAGACCAACUCCCCAAUCCCUAACUUCUAAAGUCGGGCCCUAGAAUCAGAACGCGCCUCUAGAAUACUCAAUUAUACUCCCAGCAUUCUCAGCGCCAGAGGUGUCGCUAGAAUUUCAGAUUCCAUUCCUGGGAUUCUAUUAUUCUAGGAAUUCUAUUAUUCCUAGAAUUCUAGAUUGUUCUCUUGAGUUCUACAUUCCACUCCCAAGACUCUAAAACCAGCCUGGAGAUCCGGCCCUGGGGCUCAGGCCCUCUGCGUGGUCCCCUCAUCCCCAGGCAUCCCAUUCCUAACUAGGGGCUGGGGGUGUCUCCUCUCACAGGCUGGUCAACACUAGGGUGGUCCAAGUAAAGAGAGCCAGAUCCUCUUC